AGAUGGCGGGUAAAUGCAUUCUGGGAAAUUGCAAAUGGCCGACUGAGAAACUGCAACAGGUAGCCGGAUAUUGUUAACAAGUGAGCCCAAAAAGUGAGGAUAAGAAAAGAAACAAAAGUUAACUUAGUUAAAGGUUUAAAGAUGGCUUCUGAGGAAACGAGUGAGAUGCUGGAAUCAUCUAAACCUCAGUUAGACCUCCGUUUUGUAGACCAUGUUGAAUCAAAGAUACAAAGCCCUGAGAGAGAAGUUAUCAGUCCAACAAAAAAGUCAAUAAAAGGUCCAUUUUCUGCUUCAGCAACAAGUUUAAUUGGAAAGAUAAAUGAAAAUGGUACUAUGGAUAAUGUUAAUGAAAAUGCAAAAUCAGACAGUAAAAAGGAAGAACAAAGUGAAACUAAGAGUAAUGAUAGUGGACUAGAUUCUUCAAAUGUUAGUUCAGAAAACAGUGAGGAACAUUUUAUAGACAGACAAGAAAGUUAUACAGCAGUCGAUGAACCAGAAGUAUUAACAUCACCAAAUAGAACUGUGGAUAAGCUGUUUAACUUUUUAGACAGUUCCUCUUCACAGUCUUUAGAUGCCCUUAAUAACAAUAGUGAAGUCAUAAUAGGUGAUAAUGAAGAGGAUAAGAUUGAAGUUGCUCAAACAGAUAUGUAUCUUGGGAAAGAGGUAGCCUUGCAUGGAGGUGAAAAUGGUAAAGAUGAGAAUGUAGAACAAAAAGAGACUGAUGAUGCAUCUAUGAAUUUGUAUUGGUAUACCAGUAGUUUAGAUGUGGAUAUGGCAGAAUUGGAACAAUUUAAGACAUCACAAACAGAAGAAAGUAAAACAACAGAAACUAUCACCACAAAUUUACAAAUAACUGUAGGAAAUGGUUAUUACAAGACAAAAAAUAUUGAAGUAGAUUUAGAGCCUCAAAAUGGAAGUGUGUACAAAUCAGAAACAAGUUUUGAUAUUAAAGCAACACCUGUUAAAAGAGAUAGUUGGUCUCCUGCCUUUGAAUCAGCUUCUAGUAGAAUCCUUGAUCUAGCAUCAGAACUGAAAUCUGAGCCAAAGCAUAAAAAGAAUAAGGAAAAUGAGUCUAUUAGAAGUGCUGUAGAAGUUGAUUUAGAAAAACACCCAUGGGGUUUAGAUGUGGAUAGAAAAGUUAUGUCUGAAGUUGAAACAGAAGGUCCUGAUGAUUUACCAGAUAUUGGUGAAAUUUCAAGUAGAGAUAAUGUAGAUAGUUCUGUAGGUCCUUAUCAAAGUGAGGCCUCAGUAGCAUUUAUGGAGAAUGAAUUUUUAAGAAAUACUGAAAGCUUGGAAGACGAAGCAGAUGCUAUAGGGUAUAUGGAAUUGGCAGACAAACCUAUUGUAGAAGUAACAAGUAAAUCUGUUAAGUCACAAAAAGGUAAGAGAUUGGACCAAGAGGACAAAGUGAAAACAGUUGGUGCUAAAGAAGAGCAUAAACAAAAGAUUGAAGUUUGUGCUGAAGAUGUAGCAGAUGCCAUUGGUUAUAUGGAAUGGAAAGAUAAGCCAGUAGAUGAAUCAAUAAAAGUUUCUGAACAAACAGUAUUAGAAUAUGUUGACCAUAGAAGUACAGAAAGAACUGUUGGUGAAGUAAGGACUGAAACAGCUAGUGUCACAAGUAUUGAAAGUCAAAUUUUAGGCAAAGGUGCAAUGGUUGAAGCUAGUCAGAAAUCUAAGUCAGAAGGAAUAGAUUCUCCUGAUGCAGGAUUGGAAGUUAUUGAAAAGUCAGAUAACAAAACUGUUCAGUCUUCAUUACAAGAAUCUCUAAAGGAGCCAGAGAAAGUUGAAGCAAAGCCAUUUGAUCCAUUUAAUAUUAAAAGAAAAUACAUUGUAGGAAGAGAUUCAGAAGGGACUGUGAAAAAGAUGGGAGGAAAGUUAAUAGGAACGGAAAAAAUGGUUGAUGAAUAUUUAGAUGAUAGUAACUAUUCUCUUCUGUUGAAUGACUGUUGGUUAAGACUUAGAAAUAAGAAAUUUGAAAUGAAAGUCAAUGCCGCCUUUGGCUAUGGUCCAAAUAUAUCACCAGCUGUAGAAAUGCUUACUAAUGAAAGUGAUAUCCAAGAAAUGCUGAUGAAGAAGUUUGAGAAGACAUUGGAACAAAAAAGAAGGGUGUCUGAAAGACAGUUAGAUGUUCUCAUUGAUGCUUUAGGCUUCUCAGAGUUUGUUACAUUUGAGACCAUAAGAAAGAAAUUCCAGGUGGAUGGUUUUACUGUUACUAUGGAAACGACCAACUUCGGGUUCCAGGUUGGUGAGGUUGACAUUGUUGCCAAUAGUUUGCCAGAGAUGAUGACCAGUUUGAAAAACAUGGAUGACUUAGCUGCAAAAUUAGGUUUUAGACCAUUACAAAGCAAUUAAAUGCUGACAAGAUGACUUGUGCAAGUGGAAAUGUUUGGAAGUCUUGUUGCCAUGGCAAUGCAGAGUAAAUGGAUGACGGGUGCUUUAAAUGGACCAGUAAACUUGACAGCCUUUUUGCAUCCUAGCUUUUAAAACUACUGCGUGUAUAUCCAUAUAAAACUUUUCCGUAUAUAUAUCGAUAUAUCUUGUAUAUUAUGU